AUGUCGUCGCGUUUCUUUUACGGCGGUGGUAGCGACAGCGACUCCAGCUCGUCUGACGAGGAGGAGCUUUACAGCGAUCGCGAGGAGGAGGAAAAGUCCGAGGAGGAAGAGUCCAGCGAGGAGGAAGAUGAGACCUCGGAGGAGGAGGAGUCCGACGAGGAAACGGGUGCGAAGAAGUUCUUGAAGGAUGUUGCUUCCGACAGCGAGGAGGAGGAAGAGGAGGAGAAAGUCACGGUUGUCAAGAGUGCCAAGGAUAAGAGAUUGGAUGAGCUUGAGAACACCAUCAAGCUGAUUGAGAACGCCAAGAAGAUCAACGACUGGGCUGUUAUCUCGACAGAGUUCGACAAGCUGAACCGACAGGUUGCAAAGAUCACACAAUCUGGUCCAACUCCCAAGAUUUACAUCAAAACCGUUGCCGACCUUGAGGAUUUCGUGAACGAGACUGUUGCCAAGCAGAAGUCCGGAGAUAAGAAACUGAACGCUAGCCAGGCCAAGGGCUUCAACGCUGCCAAGCAGCGUAUCAAGAAGAAUAACAAGGACUACGCCAACCUGAUCAACAAGUACCGGAAGGACAAGGAGGACUUUAUGGAAAGCGACGAUGAGGAGGCCACCCCCGUUAUUGCUGCUCCCCGCAUCACCAAGUUGGAGCGUAUCGAGGCUCCCGCCGCUGCCAUCGAUGAUGAUGGCUUCGCAACCGUUGGCCGCGGUGGCAAGACUCUGCAGUACACCCCUGAGAGCAUCCUGAAGCACCUCCGUGUGAUCGUCGAGUCGCGAGGAAAGAAGAACACAGACCGCAUGGAGCAGAUUCGGACGAUGGAGAAGCUUCUGGAGGUGGCUCAGACUCCUUAUCAGCGCAUCCGUGUUUACCUUACUCUCAUUUCCACGCGUUUCGACCUCACAUCCACGUCCAGUGCCAACUACAUGGCCGUCGAUCAGUGGAAGUCCGCCGAGCAGGACUUCUCGUCCCUGCUGUCGGUUUUGGAGAACAACCGUGACCACGUUGUGUCCGAAGGUGCCGAAGAAUGGGAAGAUGACGAGAAGCAACCCACCAUCGCCCCCGGCGAGACCCUCUACAUCCCCGGUAGCAUCGUGUCUUUCGCCGAGAGACUCGACGACGAGCUUACUAGAUCCCUGCAACACAUCGACCCCCACACCGCUGAGUACAUUGAGCGUCUGAGUGAUGAGAAGCUGCUGUACACCGAUCUCGUUCGCGCCCAAGCCUACGUCGAAGGUUUGAACGAAGCCGAAAAGACCGAUCCCAGACAGGACAGUGUCAACCGGGUGGUCAUGAGACGAUUGGAGCACGUCUACUUCAAGCCCUCGCAGGUCAUCACAAUCCUUGAAGAUGCCACAUGGAAGGCUCUUCCCUCAGAGCUGGAUUCUAGCAUUACCCCUCGGGCUAGCAGUGGCAACGUCGAGAACCUCGUUUUGUCCCUGUGCAACUAUCUGUUCAAGUACAGCGAUGGUAUCAUCAGAGCCCGCGCGAUGCUGUGCCAGAUUUACUUCCUUGCCCUGCAUGACCAGUACUACCGGUCUCGUGAUCUGAUGCUCAUGUCCCAUCUCACUGAGAACAUUUCCAACUUUGACGUCAGCACUCAGAUUCUCUUCAACCGGACGCUGGUGCAAAUUGGCCUUUGCGCCUUCCGCUCCGGUCUCAUCUACGAAGCUCAGAACACCCUUUCUGAAGUCUGCGGCAGUGGACGUCAAAAGGAGCUCCUGGCCCAGGGUAUCAUUAUGCAGCGCUACUCCACGGUAUCCCCGGAGCAGGAGCGUCUUGAGCGUCAGCGCCAGCUGCCGUUCCACAUGCACAUCAACCUGGAACUGCUCGAGUGCAUCUACCUCACCUCCAGCAUGUUCCUGGAAGUUCCUCUGAUGGCCCAGACUUCCUCUUCUCCCGAGAUGAAGCGCCGUGUCAUUUCCAAGACCUUCCGCCGUAUGUUGGAUUACAAUGAGCGCCAGGUCUUCACUGGUCCUGCGGAGAACACUCGUGACGGCGUGAUUAUGAGCGCCAAGUUCCUUGCCGCUGGUGACUGGAAGAAGGCUGCUGAGAUGCUCAACUCGAUCAAGAUCUGGGAUCUGAUGCCCCAGCCCGACAAGAUCAAGGAGAUGCUUUCCCAGCAGAUCCAGGAGGAGGGCCUGAGAACCUACCUCUUCACCUACGCUCCUUUCUACGACAGCCUCUCCAUCGCCACCCUCUCCAACAUGUUCGAGCUUUCUGAGAAGAAGAUCUCCGCCAUCAUCAGCCGUAUGAUCUCGCACGAAGAGCUGGCAGCUGCUCUGGAUCAGGUCAACAACGCCAUCGUCUUCCGCAAGGGCGUCGAGUUGUCGCGCCUCCAGUCCCAGAUCGUCACGCUGGCCGACAAGUCCAUGAACCUCCUGGAAGCCAACGAGAAGACUCUCGAGCAGCGCACCCAAGGUAUGGCCAACGCCUUCCAGCGCGAUCAGGGCGCCGGCGCCCGUGGUGGCCGUGGAUCCGGACGCGGUGGUCAGGCCCGCGGUGGCCCCAGAUUCCCCGGUGGCCAGCAAGGCCGUCGGCCCGGUGGACAGCAAUUUGGUGGUGGUGCAUUGGGCGGAGCUAUCAAGGCUUAA